CGUGAUUCCCUCCAAAGUCGCCGAUCCGCGAAAUUAUUUUUGGCUCUCCAGUCAAGACGAGUGAGUCUACAGCAACCACCACACACUGGAGAUCUCAAUGGCCACCAGCGAGACAUCAAGAUACCUGGCAAGGUCAUUGCCUCGGGCAAUCGUGCCCUCUCCCCGCUCCCAGGGCUUCUCCUGGCGGCGCAAUGUCUCCGAUCAAGCAUCGGCCGCGCUCAACGAGCUGGAGUCCGAAAGCUCUUUAACCAGCUCGACACUGGGAGAUGCUGCAAAGUCAUUUAAUCCAGCUGCCAGAGCCAGAUCAAGGAAAGCCCAACUCCCACGCAGUCGAUACCAAUUUCGAUCACCCAAGUAUGAUCGUGGUCCGCUUCAUCCCCACAGACCCCCGCCACCCUCUGAUCCAUCCUCUCGACUUUUCGUACCCGGUCCCUUCUCCCUCCCCAGAGUAGAACAGACCUACCAGUCUACCGUCGCUUCCGACAUCCUCACCCUCUGCUACGUCCACAACCCGCCGGGUUUCAAGCCUCCAGUCAAGGCGCCCCGUCUCCGUUCAUGGGACGACAGCUCUCCGUACCACCAGAACCGUACCCUGCGCGGACCUCGAGGCGGCGAUGUGCUCCGACUCCUCCGCAAGCCAGUCACCUUCAACAAUAUCCCCAAGCUCGAGCGGAUCACUAUCCACAGUUACGUUAAGCAGGCGGCUACGGAGAACUCUUCGUGGAUUCACAUUGCCGGUAUGGCUGUCCAGGCUAUCUCGAACGUCCGGGUACAGACAUAUAAGUCCAAGACCAGCGUUGCCACGUGGGGCAUUGCUCCCGGUAGAGACACCGUGGCCGUCAAGGCUGAACUCCGUGGAGAGGACAUGGAGCAUUUCUUCGGCAAGCUGGUCGAUGUUGUGAUGCCCAAAAUCAAGGACUGGGAAGGUGUCAAGGGUAGCAGCGGUGAUAGCAGCGGCAACAUCACUUUCGGUUUGGAGCCGGAAAACGUCGCUCUUUUCCCCGAAAUAGAGGUCAACUAUGACAUGUACCCACCCAAGAUGAUCCCAGGAUGCCAUAUUACAAUCCACACCACCGCUAGAACUGACAAGGAUGCCCGACUCCUUCUCAGCGCCAUGGGCAUCCCAUUCUACGGCAAACUUAUCGACUAAACGUUGAUUGCUGCCGAUGAUACUCGCUUGUUUCCUAUAGAAUUGCCACCGUCUGCCUCAAUUAUACUUGCACCUUGGAUGUAACGUGACACACAGUGUGGCGCUUUGGUCGUAUUCCUCAUGUACAUUAUUAUGCUCUGUUUUAGUAGUACUCCAAUUGCACAGAUUCUUAUUACCA